AUGCUAACGAGAAAGAUUAAGCUUUGGGACAUUAAUGCCCAUAUAACCUGUCGUCUGUGCAAUGGAUACCUGAUUGAUGCUACUACUGUAACUGAAUGCUUACAUACUUUCUGUAGAAGCUGCCUAGUGAAAUACUUGGAGGAAAACAACACUUGUCCAACCUGUAGAAUUGUUAUACAUCAGAGCCACCCCUUACAAUAUAUUGGUCAUGACAGAACAAUGCAAGAUAUUGUUUACAAACUUGUGCCAGGCCUCCAAGAAGCGGAAAUGAAAAAGCAAAGGGAGUUUUAUCACAAACUGGGCAUGGAGGUUCCAGGGGACAUCAAAGGGGAGACAUGUUCUACAAAACAGCACCUAGAUUCUCAUCGAAAUGGUGAAACUAAAACAGAUGAUAACUCAAACAAAGAAACUUCUGAGGAAAAACAGGAAGAAGAUAAUGACUACCAUCGAAGUGACGAACAGGUAAGCAUCUGCUUGGAAUGCAAUAGCAGCAAAUUGCGUGGAUUGAAACGAAAAUGGAUUCGCUGCUCAGCACAAGCAACAGUCUUGCAUCUAAAGAAGUUCAUUGCCAAAAAACUUAACCUUUCUUCUUUUAAUGAGCUGGACAUAUUAUGCAAUGAAGAGAUUCUUGGCAAGGAUCACACGCUCAAGUUUGUAGUUGUUACUAGAUGGAGAUUUAAGAAAGCACCUCUACUGCUACAUUACAGACCCAAAAUGGACUUGCUGUAAGAGAACUUUAUUGUCCUUCUGGACAGAGUUUUUUGCCGAGACUAUCAUCUGGCGCCUUCUUAGUGCAUCACUAAUCCCAUGACACAAACCAGCCGAAUAAUUUUGGAAGACUGUAGUGCUUUCAUAGUGGACUGUCUUUCUGAAUAUUUCUUCUAGGCAUAUAUUACCUAGAUUUCUGGACAGAAAAUAUUUAUACUUUUUUUGUACGGAAGAAAGAAGUCACAACUCAACAAGACACUACCAGCACUAAGUUUACAGAUACUGAAAACACUUCACAGUUCCAUGUAGCUCAGCCUGCUUUAUCUCUUACAGUUACACAGAAAUAAGUUAGAAUGUUGUGGGGUGAUUUAAAAAUGUUGCUUUUGACACCAACUUGCAUUUAGUUACUUUUCACAUUCUGAAUCUUUAAAAAUUAUAUUUUUGCAAAGUGUUAUUGUCUUAUAUAGGAUGCCUGAUUGCAUUGGCUU